AAACACAAUGGCAGCCAGCGGUACAGCUGUGACGGUCCUUACUCCAAAUGGAAGAAGACAAACAGUUAAAGUGUCUGCAAACACACCUUUAUUACAGGUGCUGGAGGACGUCUGCAAAAAGCACGGAUUUAACCCCGAAGAUCACGGUUUGAAAUUUCAGAGGACUGUUCUUGACCUCACGGUGCCGAUGAGGUUUGCCAACCUUCCCAACAAUGCUAAAUUGGAAAUGGUGUCAAGUACAAGGAAGCAGGUUGUAGCUGACAGCCAGGUGCGGAUUGCGCUACAGAUGGAGGAUGGCUCCCGUCUGCAGGGUUCUUUUUCUUGUGGACAGAGCUUGUGGGAGCUGCUCACACAUUUCCCCCAGAUCAGCGUGUCGGAGCUGUCCGAGACAGGAUCCAUCCCCGCUUGUGUUUACAUGAGAGACGAGGUGAGUGGGGAAGAAGCGCUCAAGAAGGCCACUCUGAAGUCUCUGGGUCUGACAGGAGGAAGUGCUAUUGUCAGGUUUUUAGUCAAAAAGAACAAAGCACCAGGAGAGGAAGAUGACGGGGAAGCCACUGAAACCGCUGCAGUGCCAAUGACACCUGUUGCCAAGGAAAGCACACCUAGUCCAUCACCUCAGCCCGAUCCUGCUCCACCACAUCCAGAUACUUCAGAAACAAAAGUGCCAACUGAAAAUGUAAGCCCUGCCAUUCCAAUGGAAACCCAACCUGCACCGAAUCCUGCCUCUGCCACGAGCACCCUUCCUGUUGAACAGGAAGUGUUUCCAAACCCCCAAGAUUCAGUUCGGCCAAAAGCUGCACCUGUCAGAAGAGGAAUGCCGGAGGAGGACGGAGAGGAAGCGGGGCCAUCAGGACUCAACUCACACCCUUCCACCUCCUCCUCCUCUUCCUCCUCUCCUGCUCCCGCUCCCUCGGCCCCAUUCAUUCCCUUUUCUGGAGGUGGUCAGCGCCUCGGUGGUCCGGCGGGAGGAGCAGUCGGACGUACACUAUCCUCAUCGUCAUCAUCCUCAUCUCUGCCAGCUCUCACGUCUUCAGUAGAAUCCCCCAAAGCCAAGAAAGCCAAAUCCAGCUACGGUUCAGGCUCCAAGCAUCAAGCCACUGCCAACCAGCCAGAUGAGGACAUGGAGCAUGGAGAGCAGUUCUUGAAGCCGGUGGAGAGGGAGCCUCUCAUAUAUCACUUGGAGACUAUGUCACAUAAGUCGGAUCAGCACGGCGAUCUGCCCGACGAGUUCUUUGAAGUGACCAUGGAUGAUGUGCGCAAGCGCUUCUCCCAGCUGAAGAGCGAGAGGAAGUCACUGGAGGAGACUCCACUCAUGACUAAAUCUCUGAGAGAAGCUCAGAUGAAGGAGAAGAUGGACAGAUAUCCCAAAGUGGUCCUGAGGGUCCAGUUUCCAGACAGACAUGUUCUACAGGGUUUCUUCAGGCCUCUGGAGACAGUUGGUGCCGUGAAGAGUUUUGUGAGGAGUCACUUGGAGGAUCUUCAGCUCAGUUUCUAUCUGUUCAUCACGCCCCCGAAAACCAUUCUGGACGAUCCUUCAGCCACACUUUUCCAGGCCGACCUGUUUCCUGGUGCACUGGUCUACUUCGGCUCCAAUGUUAAGACAGAAUCUUACUUAAAGAGGGAACUGCUAGGAUCCACUGUCUCGGCCUUGCAAGCAAAUGAGUCCAUAGCGAGCUGCAUGCCCAGGUCUGCGACACCCUCCUCCACCCCUGUGGCCUCCCAGGAGCCACUGUCUCCUCCACAGCCGACAGCAGACGCUGGCGGCUCCACACAGAAUGGGCGAGACCAGCCUGAACACACCCAGGCUGCUAAACCCAACAGGUCUGACCCGGGCAAGGUUCCCAAGUGGCUCAAGCUUCCAGGUAAGAAAUGAGACGGCUGCUGUCUGUUGAUGAGAUAACUGACGACGACAGACAUUUUGACAAACUCUGCUUUGCACAUUUGAGUACAGCACUUAAGUCUUUGCUGCGCUGCCGUAAAGGCUUAACAUUUUGAAUGCAGUGGACUUUGACCCAUCAUGGAGGGGACACCGGCACUCAAAUAGGUAUAAAAAAAAAAAAACGGUCAAAAUGAUAAAAAAGAGUGAAUAUUUCAUUUGCCAAGAAAGUUGACGUGUUUUAUUCCAGUUGAUCUCUGGAAGGAAAGGAGUGCUGAAGAGGUUGUUUUUAUUCUGCACAGCUUAAAAAAAGAAAAGUAGAAUAAAUGAAUAAAGAUUGUUGUU